AUGUCGCUCGUCGGCAGCAUCAAAGGUGACAUUCCUCAACAAGUUCGAUCGCUGUACCGCCAAUUAUUACGGCAGGGGGCCCAAUUCCGCGCCUACAACUUCCGCGAAUAUGCGAAGCGACGAACGAAGGAUGCGUUUCGAGGGAACAUGUCUGUGGAGGAUCCGCGCCAGAUACAGGAACUUGUUCAGAAGGGAUUGAAGGAGCUGCAGGUUUUGAAGCGCCAAACCGUCAUCAGCCAGUUUUACCAAAUAGACAGAUUGGUCGUCGAAGGAGGCAUUUCGGGCAAGGACACCUCGAAGCACGGAGAGAUUGUUCGACAAAAGGAGCAAGGGUAA